AUGCAAUUUUACAAUUUUUUUGUUUUCAUUUUUCAGGUUGUCAAACAUAGAAAACCAAAGAAAAUAACCCAACACUGGGUCCAGUAUGCAUGUGGCAUCAAGGUCUUCCGACUCGCUGCACAGGAUACAAAAGCUGAGGGAAGAGGUAGAAUUGCUCGGAUUCAAAGGAGGCUACUUGUUGCAGAAGCUGAGGAAAGGAUUAUGCAGUAUCAAAAUUAUGUAGAGCAAGGAUCGGAGAGAGAUGCAAAGUAUACGUUUGGGUUGAUACUUUAUAGCUUGGAUCGUCUAUACAGUGUUGUGAAGAGACACGCCGAAGAUUCUGGAGAGUGGCAGCGUUUGCGACAAGAUAUAAUUAAAUUGGCUAGUCCUCGCCUGCAAACAGACACCAAGCUCAUUGUGAUGUCAAACUUGAAGAUCCUCUACGACUGCUUGCUUCCUGUUCUCAAAUCUCGGUAG